AUGGCGAUCUGUACUUAUAACGCACGUACGCUUGCAUUGGAAGCGGCCAUCGAAGAUCUGAUGAUGCAAGCCAAGAAGAUCAAGUACGACGUUAUCGGACUGACCGAGACGAGACGACGUCACCCUCUCAACGCCGUAUAUGAGACUGGAGAAGAACUGUUCUUAGGAACAUGCGACAGUAGAGGUGUUGGUGGAGUUGGCGUCCUCGUCAAAACGAGUAUGGCAAAGAACAUCGACUCUUUCAAACAACUUACGACCCGAAUCAGGCGUCUGCGGAUGAGAAGAUGUAGUCCAACACCAGCUUUGACUAUCUUCGUCGCUUACGCUACGAAGGCGCUAUCAAGCUACGAAGAAUAA